AUGGCCAAACCAACCCCUUUACUUGUCUCCAUCAAUCACCAGCUGGUGGCUCUCCAAACCUUGCAGCUGUUGCAGCAGGAGCGGGGAGGCAAGGAUGAUACCAGUGCCCACUUGGACCAGGCCUCUCAAGCUCCACUAUUCAGCAUAGACAGGCCCAGCCCAAUUCAAUAUGGCAUGGGACAAGACCAGGAAGCAGCCUUCACAAACACAUCUUGCCAGGUUGGGAAGCAGGCAGGAAGCAGAAAAGGCACAAACCAAAGCCCUGAGGAGGAAGAAGAAAAUGGAUUUGAGCCUCUUCAGCCCCAGCCAAAAGAUUCAUUCCCGUUAUGUCCACCCAGGCCCCGAACUCUUACAGAGAUUGCUCUGCACAGCAUGUUAUCCCGAGUAGUAGAUUUAACAUCCCAGCUUGUAAAUGUGGAACAGACUCUCCUGUUCCCUCUGUUACAGGAGCAUCAUUCUUCUGACCAUUUAAAAGAUAGCAUCGAGUUUCGAAACAUCUGCAGUCACAUGGCCUCACAAGGGCAGGGAUGGCAAUUUGACAGAGACUUGUAUGCAGCAUACGAAUGUUUGAAGACAAUUGUUAAGAAACUGAUCUGUUCACUUGCAGUUUUCCCCUCGGAGUCUUAUGCCAUCGCUCAAUCUUCUUUGAGGCAAAUCUUACAAAACCUCCCUGAGAUGAGAGAGACAAGAUCAUACAGAUGAG